GCUAUAUUGGCCGCUGCCAUUUGUAGUCCUGGCAGAGCAGUUGCCCUCAAGUUUCUUUUCCAUGAAGCGUAAAGAGUGUAAAUGUAUAUUUUAUGAACGGAUUACACAUAUCGGAGUACAUUCAUAUACAUAUUUUAUGAAUCCAUCACACGAAACAUAUUAAAAAUGAAAAUGCUGGAAAUAUUAGUCACAUCGAUGCUGUCGCUUAAGCAUUUUCUGUUUAUAUCUCAGAUCUAGCAUCUAUUUUGUCUCUUGAGUGUGCAAUACAUGUGUCGCUUCUGGCACAUCACAGAUAUUCACUGGGACCCUGACUAUAAAGUGACAGGGAACCCAAACACUGUGUGUCCCUCAUCUUCUAAUCCUGUACCAAACGCAGGGAAGUGGGGCAGCUACUUGUGUGACUCCAACUGGAACCUCAUCAACCUGUCUGUUUAUACCAUGAAAGACCUUUACCCUCAGCCAGAUUUCAUUCUUUGGACUGGUGAUGAUACUCCUCAUGUUGCUGAUGAAAAGCUCGGUGAGGACGCAGUACUACAGAUAAUCAGCAAGUUAACCCAGCUUAUACAAGAGGUCUUCCCAGGCACUAAAGUCUACUCUGCAAUGGGGAAUCAUGACUUUCAUCCAAAAAAUCAGUUUCCUGGUAACUACCACAGAAUUUACAACAAAACUGCAGAGCUAUGGGAACCUUGGAUGGACCAUCAGUCUACUGCAACGUUUAACAAAGGAGCUUUCUACACUGAGAGGCUGAAGGGUCGGAUUGACCAGCGGAUCAUUGUUUUAAACACAAACCUGUACUACAGGAGCAAUAAGCUUAAUGUUGGGAUUAGUGACCCUGCUGGCCAGUUUAAGUGGCUUGAAGAAGUCCUUUCAAAUGCAUUGACAGCAAAAGAAAAAGUUUAUAUUAUUGGACAUGUGCCGCCUGGCUUUUUCGAAAAGAGGAGAGGGACAUCUUGGUUUCAACACCACUUUAAUAAUAGAUAUAUUGAAAUUGUCCAAAAGUAUCACAGUGUGAUAGCCGGUCAGUUCUUUGGGCAUCACCAUACUGACAGCUUCAGGAUGUUCUACGGUCAUUCAGGUUCUCCCAUAGGAGUUAUGUUUAUUGCACCUGGCAUUUCACCAUGGAAAACAACACUACCUGGUGUGGAAAAUGGAGCUAACAAUCCUGGGAUUCGGGUAUUUGAGUAUGAUACAAAUACAUUAGAAGUCCAGGAUAUGGUGACGUACUAUUUCAAUUUAAGCUAUGCCAACACAAUAGCUCCACUAUGGCAAUUGGAGUACCGAUUAACAGAGGCAUUCAAAGUUCCAGAUGGUACAGUUCAAUCUAUGGAAAUGGCACUGAAUAAGUUAUACAAUAACAACGACUAUCUACAGAAAUAUUACAAAUAUAAUUCUGUAAACUACGAUUUAACUGAAUGUAACAAGGACUGCAGAAUUGAUCAGAUUUGUGCAAUCCAGCAAGUUGACUUUGUUAAAUAUGAAGAUUGUGUAAAAAGGGAGAGCUCUUCUUCCACUCUUACGGCACAAGUACCUGUGAUUUCAUCUCUGCUGCUUUCCAUCCUGUUCCUUCCAUUCUAGCAUACACCAGAUCUAUGUAAAUGUACCAAAGUAUAAGGAUCCUAUAAAUUGUUUAAUGGGCAAUCUGAGAGUGACAAUGAUAUAUACUUCAAAAUCCACAUGUACUUUAUUCAGUCUGAUUAAUCUAGCUUGGGACAUCGUUAAGCUAGAAUAGAAC